GGGAGAUAGAGAGAGAGGGCGAAGGAGCCGGAACCCAGAUCCCGUCUCGACGAUUCUCUCCGUUUGAAGAAUCAAUCUUGGGCUGAGACUAAGUGGGUGCAAUGGCAUUUACUACCAAACAGAUGUCUUUGAUUGUAGCAACUUUUGGCGCAUUGUCCUUCAUUUUUGGAGUUGUUGCUGAAAACAAGAAGCCUGCAGUUGGAACUGCAAUCACAGGGAAAGGGGUUGUUGUGUGCAAGUAUCCAUCUGACCCUACGGUUGCUUUGGGGUAUCUGUCUGUUGCUUUUCUUAUGGCCUCGACUGUGGCUGGAUACUUGUCUUUGUUUUACCCUUACAAAGGCAAGUCUGUUCCACAAGCUGCUUUGUUCCGAAGCACUAGCUUCCUUGUGUUCUUCAACAUUGCCUUGGGUUCAGCUGGAUUGGCAGCAGCACUUCUGUUGUGGCCAACAAUUACGGAGCAACUUCACAUUAUUCGCAACGUCCAUCACAACUUGGAUACUGAAUGCCCAACUGCUAAGACUGGGCUCCUUGGUGGCGGUGCCUUUAUAUCCCUUGACGCCUCGCUCUUCUGGUUGGUUUCCCUAAUGUUAGCUGACAAUGCGCGAGAGGACUACUUUGAUGAAGUUGAUGGUAAAGGUGAGGUCGGUCAUGCUUAUGCGACUGAUUAUGAUGCUGCAGAUGGAGCCUUAAAGAACAGUGCCUAAGUGGUUUUCUGUGUCAGAAAACCUGACAUGUCUUUAGCUUAUCGAUUUGGUUUUCCCAUUUUCCAUGCAAUACACAGAAUGUGUUUCCAUUGUAAAUAAGUUUAUCCAACAUCAUUUGCUUUGCAUAUCGCUGCCGCUCUAUGGUGGAUCUGCUGUUCUAUUUGUGAUAGAUAUUGACAUGGAAUUUCUAUGGAAAUGUUAUGAUGUUAGCCUA